AUGACGCUGCGAGGCAAGGCUGGCGUCUACGCCGGCGCCGCGCUCCUGCGACUCGUGCUCACCCUCGCUUUCCCGGCCCUGCCCGACUUGCUGACGGGCCGCGUUGAGAUCUCAACGCCCGUCACGAGCUUCAAGCGAUUACAGGAAGGCUUAUUUCUCUACAACCACAAUGUCCCGCCGUAUGAUGGCGGCGUCUACCACCAGGCGCCCUUGCUCCUCCCGCUCUUCUCGCUGCUCCCCGACGUCAAGGCCUGGCCCAUCUUCACCUCGCUGCUGUAUAUCUUGGUGGACCUCGUCAGCGCAGAUGCAUUGGUCAGGAUUGCCGACUCGGGCGAGGCCGGCCAGUCCCUGCUGUUUGCGUCCCCGCGGCGAGCGAGGCGCGCAUCAGGCCUGUUCGUGGCUGCGGCGUUCCUCUUCAAUCCCCUGACGAUUGCAACGUGUAUAGGGCGCUCGACCAGCGUCUUCACGUCUUGCGCCAUCCUCCACGCCAUCUCCAGGGCCAUCCACGGCUCCCCCCUGAACGCAAUGGUGGCCCUCUCCUUCGCCUCAUACCUGUCCAUGUACCCGCUGCUCCUCGCGCCGCCGCUCGUUCUCCUGGCCUUUGAUCGCCAGUCCCCGAAACGUCGCGAAGCCUGCGCGAGCAAGUUUGCCGUCAAGUGUACCCUCGUCAUGGCCGCCUGUCUCGCCAUCCUCCUGGCCAUGUCCUUUGUGCUGACAGGCAAUUCGUGGGAAUUCUUGGCACGCACAUACGGCAUCCAGCUCACGCUCUCGGACCUCACCCCCAACGUCGGCUUGUGGUGGUACUUCUUCAUCGAGAUGUUCGAUUCCUUCCGGGCCUUUUUCCUCGCCGUCUUUUGGCUGCACUUAUCCUCCUACGUUGGCGGCCUCACCAUCCGCAUCCGCACCCAGCCACUCGUGGUUCUGACUCUUCUGCUCGGCAUCUUCGCCAUAUUCAAGCCGUACCCGUCCAUUGCCGACACGAGCCUGUUCCUGGCCAUGCUUCCGCUGUUCUGGCACGUGUUUCCCCUCAUGCGCUACACCUACGUCGCCUCGGCCACCAUCUUGUACGCCACGUUCCUCGGCCCGGCCUUUUACCACCUAUGGAUCUACGCGGGCAGCGGCAACGCCAACUUCUUCUACGCCAUCACCUUGGUAUGGAGCCUGGGGCAGAGCCUGUUGGUGUCGGACCUGGCAUUUGCUGUCCUGAGAGAUGAGUGGGAGGUGGAGAGGCCCGAGAUGGUAGGGAAAGAUGUCAAGCAGAUAUAG